CGCCUCUCGACGCAAGAACCACAUCCCUUCCGCCUUAAUUCUUCCCUCCUCAGUCCUCACGCGAUCGAUCGUUUUGUGUGCCGCGUUGCCAAUGGCUAUGAGCAAGCUCGCCGCUGCAGCCGGGAGGCCGGGCUGGGCCGACCUCCCGCGCGACCUCUUUGAGUCCGUCCUCGGCCGCCUCCCCGUGCCGGACCGCCUCCGCCUCCGCGCCGUCUGCACCGCGUGGCAGUCGGCCGCCGAAACCGCCACCGCCACGCGGCUUCAGGCCGUGCGGUCCCCGUGGCUCAUGCUCCCCUUCAACCCGACCGCGCACAGACGCACGAGGGGCUGUGGCGAUGGCGCCAAGUUCUUGGAGGCGCGGUUCUUGAGCCUUUCGGAUGGCAGGUCGUACGCCAUCCGGCAGCCGGCUCCCGCCAUCUCCAACCGCUUCUGCGUCGGCUCGUCGGAUGGGUGGCUCGUAACCGCCGACGCCGCCUCGGAGCUGCAGCUCCUGAACCCGCUCACCGGCGCGCAGGUGACGCUGCCGUCCGUCGCCACGCUCCCGUUCGUCGAUGCCAUCCGCGACUCGGACGGCCGUGCCGUAAGCUACAACCUUCGGUACUGUUUCACUGAUGCUGACGGCAACGGAGACGAGGUGGUGAUCCCACCGGAGACAGUCGCGCCGGACAGGCUCCGGUACAAGCUCUACGAGAAGGCCAUCCUCGUGUCCGCGCCACGGCGGGUGACCCCGUCGGGCUCGUGGGGCGGCUACGCCGUGCUGCUCAUCUGCCAGCCCCUGCACCGUCUCGCCAUCGCCCGAGCCGGGGACACGAAAUGGACUCUGCUCAUCAACACACCCGCGCGCUGCUGGGUCGACGCAGUGCGCGCGUCCUCUGCGGCCAGCGCCGAUGGGACGCAACGGCGAGCGGUGUACACGAUGGACACCGCGGGGCGCGUCGAGGCCUGGGACAUGGACGCCACCACGGACGCUAUACUGACACCGUCCAGGGCGAUCGCACCUCCGUGUUGCUGCACGGAACGCGAGUGCUCCAUGUCGGCAGCGUGCCGCAAGUACCUCGUGGAGCUCUCGCCGGGGCACCUGCUCCAGGUGCACCGGCUCCGGGACGCGGCGCACGCGCGGUACAAGUGGGAGCCCCGGCCGGAGCACGUCGAGUACACCACCACCAAGGUCGUGCUCUUCGAGUGGACGGCCGGCGCGGGAGGUCGUGUCCAGUGGGCGCUGGUGGACGGCAAGGACACCAGCCGCGUCUUGGCCGGUCGCGCGCUGUUCCUGGGGAAGAACGCGUCGCUGUGCGUCCCGGUGGACGGCGGCUGCUGCCCCGAGAUGAGGGGCAACUGCGUCUACUUCACCGACGACGGGCAGUGGUCGCACGACAGGUGCCACGAGGUGGCGCCGGACGUGGGGGUGCUCGACCUCGCCGACGGGAGCUACAGGACGCCGCGUGGCGCAGUGCGCGACCUGCUCUGGAAAUGGCCGCCCCCGGUCUGGGUCUUCCCGUCGAUCGCCAACUGAUUGAUCGGCUGUCUGAAUGGCAAUGCUAGCUGGUUUCAUGAGAUGUUCACCAAUCAGGUCACGUAAGUUUUAGAUAUUUUCUGGAACUGUGGCGGCUCAAAUUCCCGUUGGCCCGCUGCUGCAUGUGUCUGUGUGCAUAGCUCUGCAUACCGCUAGUCUGCUUGUGUGAGCUGUAAAUUUGUAGAAACUUAGUAAUAAGAACGUGUGUGACAGAGAUCAAUCUCUUGUUGGCCUCAUGGAACGACACCAUGCUGGUUGGUACACAGGUCAAUCUCUUGUUGACCUCAUGUAACGACACUCUGCUGGUUGUAGCGAUGUCGUCUUCAUCUUUGCCAUAAAAAAGGUCUUCUUCUUUGCCAUAAAUAAGUCUUCUUCUCGAA